CGUGAGAAUGAUCGUCAUCCCGAACGUGGGUUCCGACGUCCCGACCCCGGCAGAGAGGCGCUGGCCGAGGCGUUUGGGCUGGGCUCUCCUCCUGACCCUCUCUGUGCUCAUCUACGGGUCCCACGCGCCCCUCAUCGCCCUGUCCAAAGUGGACGGGCGCGUCCCGUUCAGCUCCUCGUCCUGCGUGCUUCUGAUCGAGAUGGCCAAGCUGCUGGCCUCCCUGGCCGCCGUGCUGGCGUCCCGGGGGUCGGGCGGGCCCGCGCUGGCGUCCGCGUCCUGGGCGCAGGCCGUCCCGUACGCCCUCCCCGCCCUGCUCUACGCCCUGAACAACAACCUGGCGGUGCUGAUGCAGGCGCACAUGGACCCCGGCAGCUUCCAGGUGCUGGGGAACCUGAAGAUCGGCUGCACCGCGCUGCUCUACCGCGGCUGCCUGGGCAGGAGGCUGAGGCCUCGCCAGUGGCUGGCCCUGUCGCUGCUCACGGGGGCCGGGGUGUGCCACAGCUACGCCAGCCUGGAGCCGGGGGCCCGGGGGGCGGGCGGUGGGGGGGAGCCGGGGGCACGGGAGGCGGACGAGGGAGGCCCGGACCCCGCCAGGCGCCUCCACGUCUCCUCCUGGGGCCUCCUCCUGGUGCUCUCCUACUGCGCGAUCUCGGGGCUGGCCGCCGUCUACACCGAGCUCACCCUGAAGGCCCAGCGGCUGCCGCUCAGCCUGCAGAACCUCUUCCUGUACGUCUUCGGCGUGGCGGUGAACGGGACGGCGCACCUGGCCGGCGCCGGGGGCGGCCGCGGCUUCCUGGAGGGCUACUCGGCGACGGUGUGGGCCAUCGUGGCGGGGCAGGCGGCCAACGGGCUCCUGAUGUCGGCGGUGAUGAAGCACGGGAGCAGCAUCACGCGGCUGUUCGUCAUCUCCUGCUCCAUGCUGGUCAACGCCGCCCUCUCCUGGCUGCUGCUGGGACUGCAGCUCACGCCCGCCUUCCUGCUGGCGGUGCUGAUGAUCGCGCUGGCCGCUCACCUGUACUACGGAACGUAGCCCCGCCCGCCGUCCUAGCUGUCGGGAGUACGUUCGAGCACAGGAUGGUGAAACUUUCUCACGUUCCUUUUUUUUUUUUUGCGCCAAAUAAAGUUACUGUGGAUUCAUUCGCUCUUUUUUUGACUUGAGUGGUUUGUUUUUGUUGCUUCAUUUUCAUUAGAAGUGCAAUGUAAGGAGUUUCACGGAGAACUGAUGUAAAUAAAGCCAUUGUUUGGGGUAUUUUGGCUGCCACAUUUCCACAGGGUAUUUGCCUGACAGUGUUGAGUAUUUCAGAAAUGGUGAGACUCCUACUCUUUCGUUGCUGUUGUUUUUUUCACCAAGUGGUGUUUGGUGCUCUGAGCUGUUAAACCAAGGGGUGUCCAAUCUUAUCCGAAAAGGGCUGGUGUGGGUGCAGGUUUUUGCCCAGCACUAAGACAACUGAUUCUACUUAAGGAGGUCUUGAUUAAAGACCACGAUUAGUUAGUUUCAGGUUUGAUAGCGCUGGGCUGAAGCAAACGCACCCACACUCGCCCUUUUCGGAUAAGACUGUUCACCCCUGUGUUAAACCUACCCGGCAGCUGUCAGGAGUUGUACUGGAACCUUCGUUCUUUACUGAAAACACACACUUCUGCCUCUUGCUUUUUUGUUUGUUUUCCUGUAGUUUACAUUUGCUUUUUUUUUUUUUUUUUGCAUGGCUUUAAGGAAAAUCUGACUGAAGUGUUUACUUUUCUGCGGACAUAUAUCUGUUUUUGUUUUUUUUUUGUUUUUUAUUGUUGUGGAAAGUAUAUAGAUGUUUUAUCGUUUAACACGUAUACAUUUCCCCAUUUCGCAAGCAGGUGCUGAGAAGUGUAUUGAUGCUUUAAGUGAAUAAAUAAACAAUGGUACAUUAAAAAUAAACGCUAUAUAUUUAUGUAUUGGAAUAAUGGAGUCAAAUGAAAGUCAAAGGACAAUAAAGCUCUAUUGAAUAAAA